UGUCGAUUUCGUGAAAUUGAUCCAGAAUAUUUUGAAGUAUUCAAAUCGUUACAUACGUUUAAUAUUUCGGAUGUAGAGUUGGAAUCACUUCAACCAAAAGUAUUUCAAGAGGCAACGGAGUUAACCAAUUUAAUCGCACCGCAAAAUAAACUAACGGAAAUUCCAAGUCUUUCAUUUAUUAAUAACUAUAAACUUGAGAAUGUUGACUUCUCCAGAAAUAUCAUUAAAAAAGUGGAUCCUUUGGCUUUCAUUGGAGCAGAUAACAUCAUAUCCUUGAAUCUUUCACAAAACAAUUUGACGGAACUCAGUGAUCAGUUAUUCAAAAAUUUGAUUAACUUGAAAUAUUUGAACAUAUCACAUAAUCGUAUCGACAAAUUCGAUUCAAAUCAUGUCUGUUCAUCUAAAUUAUUGAAACUUGACCUCUCAUAUAACAAUCUGACAUAUUUGAGUAAUCACUUAUUUGACCGAACUACCGAAAUGAAGGUGCUAGAUUUAUCAUUUAAUUCAAUCGGAAAUCUAAAUGUUGAAAUAUUUGCAUUUAUGCCAAAUUUGGAACGUUUGAAUCUGAGACAUACUAAAAUGACCAGCAUUCAAUUGGGAACAUUUUCGCAUCAACAUAAAUUAAUUUCAUUGGAUUUAUCUGAAAAUCACUUAAAGGAAGUGAACUUCGGAUUGUUCAUGCCUGUAAUGCACGAUCUAAAAAUACUUCGCUUGGGCGGAAAUCAGCUAUCACAUUUGAAUGGAUUUCGCAAUGCUCUGUUUCCAGAAUUAACAUUGCUGGAUAUAAUGAACAAUGCGUUCAAUUGCUCAUAUUUGCAACAUUUCAUGGAAAUCAUCGACUGGAAAAACCUUCAUCUUCACUUUGUACCAAGGUCAACUAAGGAAGAUGAGACGAAUAUUCGAGGAAUCAGCUGUAAUUACACCAUCUAUGAACCAACAGUUAACAAUAAUGAAGAAAAAAAUGAGACUCAUGUUGAAUUUGAAAGUUUGGAAGAAAUAGUGAAUGAAUUAAAAUUAAAUUCAGAAUCUCAUGACAAAUUCGUUAAAACUAUGUCAAUAUUAAUUUUCAUUGUAUUCUUGGCUUAUUUCGUAGUAUUCAUUAUACUCAAUCGCGAUCGUCUGACAAAUCUAUACAAUAAAUCUGAACUUUCAAAUAAUCAACCAAUAUCAGCAACUUAUAACAGAGAACGAGCUGAAACAUUACUAUUGCCAAAAUAAUACUAUUACUAACUAAAAUAUUGA